UGGCACUGCGCAUGCCUCUGGUGCUACAAUCUGUCUAACAUUUUAAUAUUUAAUGAGAACAAAGGGACGUGCCGAUAUUUCAGGGAUCAUAAUAUCCGCGGCGCAUUUGUGAGAGAUAAUGAAUCCUGACUGGUCGCUUCUGUCAUGGAGUUUGGUCUGAUGUUACUUUAGGUAUCAGAAGUUGAUGAAUCUCCUGCUUGCAUUCUAGCACGUUGAAUGUUGAGUAGAGAACUGAAGGGAUGGUGGAUUUGUAUGUUCUCUACAGGAGCGCAUCCGCAGAGAUUGUUAAUUGAAGCCGUUCUCACAGAAGGACCAUCGCACAGGUAUUGAUUUUCCUCACGUCAACUCUCAUCUUAGCAUUGGGACUAACAUUUGUGCAUAAUUUGGCCGGAGGUACCAGGUUCUUGUGGCAAGAUGGAUACAAUACCGGGCACGUUGUGGCUUCUCCAUGUGGCCGCCAUGUUGGUACUUACAACCGUCAGAUGUGAUGAAGAAGACGAGCCACGAAAAGGCAGCGAUAUCUGCGGGGGACCGAGGCAUGUUUGUACUACGUUGAUGAAGUAUCCAGAUGGUUAUGUUGCAAACGAAGGACCCUAUUGCACCUGCAGCGACGGCAACUGUGGAUCGGCAUGGAGUGACAACGACGACAGGGCACUCACCUGGCAGCAUUACGAGAGAGGCCACUGGAGGGUCCAGUACCGAUUUUGUCAAUCUGUGAUGGCUGAAGAUAAAGUGCGUGAGUGUGGAAGUGGCGAACUGUCUACCGUAGUGAAGACCGAGGUGACGACCUGGAAGCCCUACAUGGACACCAUGAGGUGCCGCUGUAGACAUGACCUAUAUCAUAUGAUAGGAUGGACAAGAGACGGCAACGUCUGGAAAUACUCCUACAAGUGUGAAAAGAACGGAUGCAAGGAAAACGAUGGUGUGUGCGCAACGAUAUUUAUGGAUCUAAGCAAAAAGACGGACAUAGUGAAAGAGGUGAAAUUUAAAUGCGCAUGUCCACGGGGAUACCUAUGUCCUGCCAAGAUCAGGGAUGAAAGUAAGGAGACAGAGGCACAAAAGGAGGUGAAAUGCCAGCCGAUAAAACAGUCUCACAACAAGAUCUAAGCAGUUGCUCUCUGUCCCCGACCACCAUGUCACAGUUGGUUUACUUCGGCGUCAUCACCACCAGCACCUUGACAUUAGUAUGGGGGAUGAUGGAUGCGACAGCACAGUAUA